AUGAUGGGCGAUAUGGCGAUGUGCUCUCAUCACUGCCGUCACAACAUCUUACCGUCGUCCAACAUAUCAUUUCCGUGCAGUGGCUUCAAUUUUCGUCCGGGAAAAACCUCCGAAUGCGAGCUGUUCAGGAACUCCAGCAAACCGGGCGCUACCGAACUUAUCGCAACCGAGCAGCUGUCAUUCUACUUUGACAAAAAAUGCAUGAGGGUGUCUCGCCGAUGCGGCGACUCGUCGGCUUUCGUGUUUGACGUGAGACAAGGGUACACCUUACGUGCGUCCACUUCAACCGAAUUUAGGCAGGUCGGGAGCGAGUUCCACUGCGCUCAAGCAUGCCUCGAUGAAGAAUGCAUUGCAUUCGCAUGGGAAUCUAAGUACAGAAAAUGUCUGUUGACGAAGGACUCUCGGAAGGAGAAUCUCGAAAGGAACAAGGAUGCCACCUAUUAUGAGAACAAUUGCAUAGAGCCGUCGUCACGUUGUCCACCAGGGAAUACUGUGAAGUUCAUUUUCGUCAAAGGAGCCGACGUUCCAUCAUUUGGGGUACCAGUUGGAAUCAGAAGCAUUCGGAGCUGUAUGAAAGAGUGCAUCGAUACUGCAUUACUCCACUGUCGUUCCUUGCAGUUUGAUUCUUCCACUAACCAGUGCUUCGUGUCGGAUGAAUCGUCAGAUGUGGCAGUGUCAUCACCCAAACUCGACCUGUACGAGCCGUUUUGUUCCGAAGUCACCAAUCUGGCUCCAUCCUGCGACAAAGCAUAUGCGUUCGAAAAAAUCCUCACCUCACGAUUGGUCAAUGCCGCAGUACUUCAGGAGCUGCGAAAUCAAACAGUGGAGAGCUGCUUGACUGCUUGCAUGAGUGCAUCCAAGAAGUGCAGAGCUGUCAAUUAUGAUGUCACCUCAACAAACUGCUUUCUGAUGUCAACGAGUAAAACUGACAAGGAAGCGAAUAUCGUUCAAGAAGAGUCGUUCGAUUAUUAUGAGCCAGCUUGUUUGUUGGAAACUCCUUCCAAUGAGACUUCUUCGACCGGGGAUAUGUUUCUUCUGCAUGAGAACAACAGGACACUUCGUCAGGAAUUCCGCAACAUUCAACACUGGGAAACUUACGAUCUAAACACUUGUUGGUUUUUGUGUCGCAAUGCGACGAAGUUUGUCUGCCGAGCGUUCUCCUACUCGGAAACGAGAAGAGAAUGCAUGCUAUCGUCGAGUCAUGUGGAAAUACCUCAGGAUUACGAGAAGUUAACACAGAAGAGCUCGACCUUUCAUCUUUACGUUCGUCAUGGCAUACAAAAUCUUGACGUACCAACUACACAAAAACCCUACACGCGGUGGUCUUUCCCAACGUUGCUCCCCGAUUCUGCACUGAGGCAAGCCAUCAGCGCCAAUGCCUUGGAAGAGCAUGUUUUCGAUCUCAGUAGUUCGCUAUUUGUCGAUGACACCGGUAUCCGUAAGACAUCACCGAAGCCAUUCACGAAGGCUCCCACUUCUUCAAUCAAAGGUCUGCAGUUGUUCAACCAAGUAUUCUUCCUUGUUUGUUUACCGCAUAUGUACAUACUUUUGCGAAAUCAUAAUACAAGAACGGGAUGA